CUGAGCUUUUUAGAAGCUGUUUCCUUUGUAUUUAUUAUAUAUACCCUACACAUCUAAACAAUCAUAUACUAUGUUAGUGCAUGGAGAAUACAUUUCACCUAGGCCUGUUUAUCACACAUUUUUAUAAACAAAAAUAAAAUAUUGGCAAUAUAAGACUGCUUUCUUACAUUUUUAUUAUGCAAUAUUAUUUCAUUUAUUCUAAAAGUCUUAUAGCGUUUGAGCUCUAAGAAAUUAUUUCAGUUUGAAAUAAAUCCUAUAGAAAUACAAUAUUCGCUGAAACAAACAAACAAACAAAAAACAACAAAUAAAAAAAACCCACAGUUGCCAGAUUGAACUAAAUUUCUGCCAAUCUACACUGUGGUGAGAUUGUGAAGAAAACUUCUUGGGUUCUUGGGAAGUUGGACAAAAUAUGAAAGGAAUUUUUCCUUUAUUAUAACACGAAUAAUCUUCACAACAACUAAAAGUAAACCACUUUUCCUAAACAGCAUUAAUGAUUUCUUCAACAUGAAUUUUGAAAAUCAUUUGAUUUGCUUUGUGUUUAUUAAUUUUUUUUUUACUCCGCCUUUCCACUGUACUCUAUAUAUUUAUUAUUAUUUUUAAAAUAUAUUUAAAUGCGUUUUUAAACAACGUUUUGGAUUUUUUGGAGGGAUUAAAAAAAGAAAAUAAUAGAGAGAGCCCAAUCUGGCAACCUGUCAGGUUGUAAGGCUGAACUCAUUGCGCGUGGGCGUGUCGUGAACAACCAAUCAGACAUCGUUUCCACAAAGUUGCCUUUAUAGCCCAGAUUACAACGCUAUAAGGAGAGGAAGCAGCUCGCACACGUCAACACGCACACACGCACACACACACACACCUACACACACAUGUGAGUCCAGAGGACGGCUGGAGAUCCGUGUGGGCCACAUGGAGAAAUCAAAAAACUUUCGCAUCGACGCCAUUCUGGCCGUGGAGCCUCCGAAAGCUCAGACUUCACCCCUGGCUCUGGUCACCUCACUGUCCAGUUCAUCCUCCACCUCUUCAUCAUCCUCGGGAAGAAGAAGUGUCCCGGGUUCGGAUCUCUUGAACUCUCCUUCAGCCAUGGUGGGACUCCAUCCUCCGAGCAGUGCUCUUUACCACCCGCACAUGUUCUCCUACCCUCUGGGACAGCCGCCUGUGCUCUCUUACCCCUACCCUCCUCUUCCUCAUCAUGAGGAGCCCCUCAAGCUGCCCCCUGGUUCCCUGCAGCUCGAUCACUGGCUGAGGAUCUCCACCGCCGGGCUCGCGCUCCCCAAACUUCAACCUGACUUCAACCCUCAGGCUCAUCAGUCCACACUGCUGGGGAAAUGUCGGAGGCCGCGCACCGCCUUCACCAGUCAGCAGCUGCUGGAGCUGGAGCAUCAGUUUAAACUCAAUAAAUAUCUGUCCAGACCCAAACGCUUCGAGGUGGCCACGAGCCUCAUGCUCACCGAGACCCAGGUAAAAAUCUGGUUUCAGAACAGACGCAUGAAGUGGAAGCGCAGCAAAAAAGCGAAAGAACAAGAAGCAGCUCAGGAAGCUGCCGAGAAACACAAAGGAACCAAAGGGAAGGAGAAGAGCGAGCAGCCCGAUUCGGCUAAAGGCAGCGGCAGACUGAAAGACUUCAGGGACAGUGAUGAUGAUGACGAUGAAGCGGACUCGUACAUGUGCAAUUCCUCUGAGUGCUCCUCGGAGGAUGAGAGAACCCACAUGAGCCCUCAACCCUGAGACCCCGAGCCUUUCCGUCCCCAUCACUGAACGCUCCCUUAGGGGAAAACCUGCAUGUGUGUUUUCCCAUUCUGCAGUGUUUAGUCCUGCUUUCUGGGGACUGAUGGUAAAAAUACUCGCUCAAGGAGACUGAGCUGUGGACUGAAUCCUACAGUAACUCACCCCUGUUUUGGAUAUCUAGUGCACUCCAUAGGAUGUAGAAGCCAUUACUCCAUGUCAUUCGAUUUUUAUCCUACUAGGUGUACACAUAUACGGUAGGUUCUCCCCUGAGUGAAAUCCAGAAAGGUUCUUUAAAGUGACGCUGUUGAAGAACCGUUGUUUUCGUUCCUGAAGAACCUUUCGAUUGAUAGGAAUUGAACCACCAUUACGUGCAAGGACAUUUGUGGUGGAAAAGGCUAAUUCAUUUUACUAUGGAAAGAAUAAAAAUGGUUUUUAGAGAACCAAAAACGGAUCUUAAGGAAACCUUCUACGGUACUACUCUUUAAAAACAUUUAAUAACAAGGGGGUCCAGAAUUACCUAGAACACUGAUUCUCCAAUGACUCUGUAUUAGAGUAUAGCGCUCUAGAAGGGUGUAGAAGCCAGUACUCCAUGUCGUUUACGUAUAUAAGUGGCUAGGAUCUGAAUACCAAAUACGGAUAUAUUGUACCACAGAAUUUUUAAAACCCCUAUUAGGUGUACUCAUAAAGGUUGUACUAAUACUUCUAAGGAUGUAUAGGAAUAUAUAUUUAAAAAAACCCUUCUUAAAAAUGUAUGAUUGGGAAAGGUUCUUUAUGCAAUGAUACCAUAGAAGAACCAUUUUUGCUUUCUCAAGAACCCUUUGAAAGGAUAUUGGUGGUGUGAAAUGUUUAUUACAUGUAUUGUGCAAUAAACAAUACAAAUGGCUGACGAAUCAUCAUGUAAAAGGUUCUUUGGAGAACCAAAGGAAACGUUCUAUGGAAAAAGCUUUUCACAGAUAUUAUCAGAGUGUAGGGCACAGAGAGAAUUAUUUCAUACCCUAUCUAGUGCACAGAUUCUCUGAAAGCCAUUAUUUCAUUCAUACUAAUUAGGCAGCAGGGAGCCCUUUGACAUUUAUAGCUAGUUGUUUUAGGCUAAAUACAAAAUGGCUCCCGUAUUAAACAUACAGUGCACUCCAUGGAAGUUUUUUUUACCAUUUCACAUCUUAUGUAGUGCACUUAAGAGAGAGUCAGCAGGCAUUCAGGAUACAACCAAUAUGACCGAUAUCAGUUAACCUUUUAUUAGAUUUGCCAAACAGUCUAAACAUAGUAGAGACUGCAGGAAUAGUUACGAAAGCAUGUUAUUUUUUUAAUGCCUCAAAUGAGGUAACAGAAAUUCAUACAAAUCAUUGUUUAAACUGUACUCAUAUUUUAUCUAUAGAUCCUAACCUUUCUCAAACAUCUGUGUUGUGUGUGGGUUUUUUUUGUUUUUUUUAAAUGCCAAUAUCCAUGUCAAAGUGUUUAUGUGUGGAAAUGUGUUUAUUUUUCUAUAUUGUAUUUAUAAAAGAAAAUGGCUUUACGACUGCAUGUAGGCUAAAUAAAUACGAAUAAAUUGUAAUUUUUUUUUUUU